AUGAUUUUUAGUGAUGAAUUUAAAGAUGGAGUGUUUUACGGCAACCAAGAUUUUAAUAUACCAUACCAUAUGAAUUUUGGUGCAUUUAUCGUACAAAACAUUAUAAAUUAUAAAGAUAAAACUGUUCUGAUAAAUGGAGUAACAGGGGAAGAAAUAACAUACAGAGAGUUUGCACAAAGAGUAGUGAACACUGCUGACUCUCUAACUCAUUUGGGAGUGGAUGUUGGAGAUGUUGUCGCUAUUUUUAGUGAAAACCGGAUAGAGUUUAUACUUACAGCAUGUGCUGUGUUUUGUGUUGGCGCAACUGUCACCUUUUUUAAUACUUCCUAUGGCGAAAGCGAGCUAAAUCACACGAUAAACAUAUCUAAACCGAAAUAUAUUUUUCUCUCGGGGACUGCAUGCGACAGUCACUAUGAAAAUCUGCAGAAGCAUAAAAUGAUAAGAAAAUUCAUUUUGUACGACGACAGAGGGUCAUCGAGGUCACAAAAUGUAGUGUACUUCAAGGAUUUAGUAAAGUGCCAGGUGGAUUUAAAUUUAUACAAACCUGUACAUCUUGGAGGAAAAAUUCUAACUAGUAUGAUAUUGUAUUCAUCUGGGACAACUGGACCAGCUAAAGGCGCUAAGAUUACUAAUCUUAAUUUAAUCACCUCAGCACAACAACCACCCCAAAGUAAGCGAGACCUUAUUGCUCUAUCUAUAUCUCCCUGGUGCACCUGUAUGGGUAUAGGUACCCUUCUUAACGCAAUCAUCCACGGCAAGAAGACGGUCUUCCUCGCGAGAUUUAACGAAAAACAGUUUCUACAAACAAUUGAAACAUUCAAGAUAGGAUAUAUAGUAGUACCACCACCCCUUCUAGUGAUGUUGUGUAAAUCGAAGCUUGCUAAAACAUUUGAUCUUAGCUCGAUAGAAAUUAUCAACAGUGGAGGCGCAACUACUAACUUGGAAGUGAUAAAUCAAAUAAAAACGCGAUUUCCAAAUAUAAAAUGUGUUUUACAAGGAUAUGGUAUGACUGAAGCUACAGGUGCACUCACUUCUGACACAGAAGAAAAUCCAAGGGAAGGAAGCGUGGGAAAAGUUGUUCCGGGAAUUAUUCAAAAGAUAGUUGAUCCUGAUACUGGUAAGGUGUUAGGCUAUAGAGAGCCAGGGGAAGUAUGUAUCAAAGGCCCCGUUGUGUUCGAAGGAUACAUUGGAAUCAACUCUAGUAGCAGCUUCUACCCUGACGGGUUUUAUAGAACAGGCGAUAUCGGAUAUUUUGACGAAGAAGGUUAUUUUUACAUUGUUGACAGAAUUAAGGAAUUGAUAAAAUAUAACGCUUGGCAGGUAUCCCCUUCGGAGCUUGAAGCACUUUUAUUAAAACACGGAGAUGUAAAAGAUGCGGCGGUUAUUGGGGCACCAGACUCUUCAGCUGGUGAGCUUCCCUCUGCGUUUAUUGUGAAGAAAGAAAAUUCACUCAUUACAGAUACGGAAAUACGAGAGUUUGUUGAUACAAAGGUAGCAUCAUGGAAGAAGUUACGUGGUGGCGUUAUCUUCGUAGAUUCAAUCCCCAAGAACCCCAGCGGUAAAAUAUUAAGGAGACAAUUAAAACAACUACUUGUGGAUAAAAGAAAAGGAAACGCUCAGAGCAAGCUAUGA